UUGCGAUUCCAUGACUAAUCGUGACUAUGCGAUAUCUGCUAUUUGCAAACAAACGGAGGACAGGCUUAGUUGCUGGCUCGCCCAUUUCGGCAAUCGUUUCUGCGUUUAGUCUGUUUCUGGAUUUUCUUAGAUUUCAAUCGAUAAAAAGGAACGUAGCUCUAAAAUACAAUAAUCCGUUUCGACAACUGACAAGGUACAGAGAUGGAAUCAUUGCUGAAGUCACUUGAUAUUUCUGAUCCAACUCUUCGUGAGUUGACGGAUGCAAUGAGGCGUGAAAUGGGUAGAGGAUUGGCAGCAAAAACAAAUGAGGAAGCAGAGAUAAAAAUGCUGCCAACUUAUGUGACUGGAACUCCUGAUGGAACAGAGGAUGGUGAAUUCUUGGCUCUUGAUCUCGGAGGAACAAACUUUCGAAUAUUGCUUGUUAAAAUCGUCGCCGGUGAAAAUAAAAAUAUAACCAUGGAUAGUCAGAUAUAUCAUAUUUCACAGGACUUAAUGACUGGAACUGGUACUCAGCUCUUUGACCAUCUUGUGGAUUGUUUAUGGGAUUUCCUGGUGAAACGUGGACUGAUGUGUCAACUUCUACCUAUUGGAUUCACUUUCUCUUUUCCCACUAUGCAUCUAGGAAUUGACAAGACAAUCUUGCUUCGCUGGACAAAAGGUUACACAGCAAGCGGAGUAGAAGGUGAAGAUAUUGGAAAGUUAUUAAAUGAUGCAAUAAAUAAGAAAUUCAAAAUACGAUGUCUGAAUUUUGAUUUAAAAAUAAUGGCUACCGUUGUGAAUGACACUGUUGGAACCAUGGUUUCAUGUGGUUACGAUGAUAAUGAUACUUGCAUGGGUAUGAUCGUGGGAACUGGUACAAACAUGUGCUACAUGGAAAAACAAGAAAAUAUUGAAUUACUAGAGAAGAAGACACCGGCAAGUGAGAUGUGCAUUAAUACAGAGUGGGGAGCGUUUGGUGAUAACAGUGAAAGUCUCAAAGCAAUCAGAACGGAAUAUGACAUUGAAAUUGAUGAAAAAUCACCAAAUAAAGGACACCAUAGAUUUGAGAAGAUGAUCAGUGGAAUGUACAUGGGUGAAUUAGUUCGUUUGAUCAUUCUCAAACUUACUUCAAAUCGUGAAAUUUUUGAUGGAAUUGCUCCCGAUAGCAUUUUAUUCAAUUCUGGAUUGUCAACAGCAUUUGUUUCACACAUUCUCAAUCCUAAUAACGACAACAAUCAAAUUCGUCAAUAUCUUGCUGGAUUUGGAUUGAUUGCCACUGAUGAAGACUGCAAUAAACUUGUACAGCUCUGUGAAGCGAUAUCCAAACGAGCUGCCUAUCUAUGUGCAGCAGGUGUUGUAGCAGUUGCUCAAAAAAUUGCAGAGAAUAAAGGACCAGAUGCUAAAAUGACAAUUGGUGUCGAUGGAUCUGUGUACAGGAAACAUCCAACGUUUGCUAAACUACUUCAUGCAAAAGUAAAGGAUCUUGGAGGCGACUUAAAGAUAAAAUUCCGUGAAUCGACGGAUGGUAGUGGACGUGGCGCCGCACUAGUGGCAGCAGUUGAAUGCAGACUUCAUAAAAUUAGAACAAAAGUACCUGAGCAAACCGAAGAGUAGUCACUAAUCAAUUGAAAUUGGUAAAAUGAAUUGUCAACCAAGUUUAGCUAAAUCAAAAAUUUUCAAAUUUAAUCAAAUCAAUUCCAAAUUCUUUUGGUAAUAGAGAGCAUGCUGUGUUUCCAUCAUGCUGUCAUUGGGGAAUUUUAUGGAAUAUUUUUGGUUACAGAAAAGCAUUGUUAACAUAAUUAAGAAAUCGAAUAUUUUAUUGAUUAUUAGGGGCUCCCGAAGUAUGCGAACCGAGAUGGCGGACAUCGGAAUGUAAUAUGUGUACUAGGUUAGGGUUAGGCCAUAAUUUUGGGUAUAAAUACUACGGGAG